AUGGCCAAUGCGCAGUUGCCCAUGAUGCCAUUCACACGUCCAACACUGCUCAGCCUUCCGAAUGAGAUAUUGCAAGACAUCGCCAGCCGCCUCCCCUUAGACAAAGACAUCAGCAACCUCGGUCUGGCCUGCAAGGACCUCAACGCCAGAGUCCUUGGUCCCGACUCGUCUGUGUGGAAAGACCGAUUCAAGGAGAAAUAUGAUCUGCCAGAUGGGUUGACCAACAGGCAACUGAGCGAUGAAUAUCGCAUCCGAGAGACUAUUCUAUCCGAAGCCAUCAAUUUCAAGCAACAAUCGAGCGAGCGGCAGACCCUGUGGCUCGUGGUCAUGCAGCGGAUGAUUCUCGAGUCUUUGACACUCCCCCUGAACGCCGAUGAACCCUUCAAGACACUCAAGCAGAUCCGCAAAGCCUUGACAAAGAGCAGAUUCCUGGAAUAUCCUCGAAGGGAAAGCCCCACGGAGCUCUUUUGUGUAGUACAGCUGUGCCUGACUUCCCUUGCCCUCACUCUGAACCGCAGCAACAGAGGCAAACUGGCAAUCAAAAACAGUUGCACGCGGUUUGAGUACGACACUGCCGUAGUGUACUCUUUUGGAGACGAUUUGACCAAACCGUUCAUUGACCACAAGAACCUGGACUUGUAUCGCUUGCUGCAUAUUCGCAGCUUCUGGCAGCGUCACAUGCUAAGCCGAGUAGAGCAGGCGUUUUAUGGUGCCUUUUCGCUCCUGUCCGAGACGGCCAGGCCCCAGCUACGCAGAACAUCCCCUGACCCAGACUGGAUGCUGAACGUCACCUGGCUUGGCUUUUAUUGUAAGGAGCCCGACAGAUCUUUCCUUCAGCAACAGAUCCAAGCUGACCGGCCUAUUUUGCAACUAGCAUGUCUUCAUCCGAUGCCCACGACUCGCGAAGAUUUCGAACGACAUGAGCGAGAGACUUGCGCCGAUCUUCGAGGCGAUCACGUCAACUUUGCCGAGCUCAUGAUCUUGAACAUCAAAGCGAGUCAGGAUUCCUUCUGGCCAGCAAUUUGCAACCGGGUCAUGCCCAUCAACACCGGAGUCAACGUCAUCCGUAAAUACUUCCAGGGCGUCCAGGCCGAGUUGAAUGAAGAGGAUGAGGAGAACCCUGUGUUCGGUUUCACGGAGACCAUUGCUCGUGAAUACGGCGGUAUCCCAGGAUGGAUGCGUAUCUGCUUUGCAAUCUGUGAGCAGGGAACCGAAACCAGUGACCCUGCUCAGAACAACGCCGCGAACACCGUAGACAAUGAUGAUAUGUGGUUUCACGGAUAUGAAGGCUUGGUUUUGCCGGGAGAGCGCAUCAUGAUCGGUCGAUGGUUGGAUUUGAAGAUGACUGACGGAGGUGGUCGAGGCCCAUUUAUCUUCUGGAAUUAG